UCCUCAAGAUUGAACAAAGCUUCGAGCUCUUAGCAAUGGCGUGGGGGAGUGGCACUGGCCGCCGCUUCGCCGGAAUCCCAUGGCGGAUGAUCGCCUCUGAUGCUGCGGCGCGCUUCAUGCUUGUAUGCAAGGCUGCGUGCGCUGUCCACGUCUUCAACAACUAUGUCUGCAGCAUCGCCCUUGUCCGUGGCCCUAGCAUGCUUCCAGCCAUCAAUGUCUCUGGUGACGUUGUGGCCGUCGAACGCAUCUCUGUGCGAUCGGGGACCAUUGACGUCGGCGAUGUCGUCCUAUUGAGAUCUCCUGAGAAUCCUCUGAAGAUUGUGACUAAGCGUGUUACGGGGCUUGAAGGGGAUUCGGUGACGUUCGAGAGAGACCCUGCUCGCGGGGAUCACUCGGCCAAAACUGUUCUUGUGCCGAAGGGGCAUGUGUGGGUGCAAGGGGAUAACGUUUAUGAAUCGAGGGAUUCGAGGCAGUUCGGGCCAGUCCCAUAUGGACUCAUCCAUGGAAGGGCCUUCUGCAAGGUGUGGCCGCCUAAAGAUUUUGGAUAUAUUGAACAAAAGCUCUAGCUACAUGGAGGACGGAAGAUGUGAGGAUUUCCUGUUAGUCAAUGGAUUUGAAUUUACAACAAUAUGGAAGAUUUGGAGUGUCUCCUUCCAAGAACAGUUCACAGGAUUUUGAAAGUGAAGCAAUAGAUGUUCCAUUUGUAUAACAUCAUCUGUAGCAUUCACUUGUUUUGGAUCUAUUAUGUGAUUUAUUGUUAGUUGAUGACUUCCAAUUUUGUGAAAUUUUACUCAUGAAUGGAUAAUAUCAUGCAUUGCCUU